AUGAAGCCAUCAGUCGUCUUCUCAGUUCUGGCCUUGGCUCUGGCCAGUCGAGCUUGUGAUACGUACAAGUACUGUCACUGCACCAACGCUGAUGGAACACCAAAUAGCGACGCCACGUUUACCGUAUGUGGUAACGACCCAUUUAUUUACGACAACGGAUAUGCCGAGUGUAACCACUACGAUAACUACUUCUGGGUCGUCAAAGCCAUCAACAAUUGCGAUUUUAGAAAAGCAUGCAACAAAAAUGGCGCACCUGGAUACUCUAGUUGUAGAGCUAAGGUUGGAGUUUUCAAGGUAAAGGAUGGUACUCGGUCCUCCAUCGCAGGAUGGCGCGUGAUGCUCUAUGAUAGUGCAGCCAAGAACCAUACCAUAAUCCCCAAGAGCCCUCGAAAUACGCAGCUUUGUGAUCUUCAUAUUUACCCAAUUAUUCUUAAAAAAUUGACAAGGAACUCAUAUCGUGUGAAUGAACAUGGGUUUCAUACUUUGUUUGCAUUACUUUUUACGCAAGAUUUGUCAAGCGUUCCCAUUCACUUAGACGCGAUUUUGUUCAUCCAUUAA